GGAGCGCAACGGAUCUCUCUUCGCUUCGUUCAGCCUAUAUCUCAGCAUGAAGGAGGUGAAGAGCGAGCGGGAACGGGGGAGCCGACGACGGCACCGGGACGGGGACGUGGUGGCGGCGGCGGCGGCAGUGGUGGUGAAGCAGGAGCGCCUGAGCCCGGAAGCCGCGCCUCCCGCCCACCGCCGUCCGGACUCCGCCGGUGGGAGCCCGUCCCCGCCGGCCGGCGAGCCGGGCCGCCCUGGUCACCGCGGGAACCGAGCCCGGGGAGGUAGCCGGUCCCCAGCCAAAAAGAAAAACAAGUCCUCAGGGAGAAGAAGCAAGUCUCCUCGGAGUAAGAGAAGCCGAAGCCCUCACCACUCAAUGGUCAAAGUGAAGCAGGAACGUGAGGAUCAUCCCCGGAGAGGCCGGGAGGACCGGCCGCACCGGGAACCUUCAGGACAGGAACACAGGCGAGCUAGGAACAGCGACCGAGACAGACACAGGGGCCACUCCCACCAGAGGAGAACCUCGAACGAGAGGCCUGGGAGUGGGCCGGCUCAGGGACGGGAUCGAGACCCUCAGAACCUUCAGGCUCAGGAAGCAGAGCGGGAGUUUCAUAACGCCCGGCGGCGGGAGCAUCGCCAGAAGAAUGAAGUCAGUGCUGGUGGUCUUGAGUCUCAGGAGUUGGUUCCUCGACCUAGUGGCAACAACAAAGACAAAGAGGUGCCUGUUAAAGAAAAGCCAAGCUUUGAACUUUCGGGGGCGCUUCUCGAGGACACCAACACUUUCCGGGGCGUAGUCAUUAAAUAUAGCGAGCCCCCAGAAGCACGUAUCCCAAAAAAACGGUGGCGUCUCUACCCCUUUAAAAAUGAUGAGGUGCUUCCAGUCAUGUACAUCCAUCGACAGAGCGCUUACCUCCUAGGCCGACACCGCCGCAUCGCAGACAUUCCAAUCGAUCAUCCUUCUUGUUCAAAGCAGCACGCAGUCUUUCAGUAUCGGCUUGUGGAGUACACCCGUGCCGAUGGGACGGUCGGCCGCAGAGUGAAGCCCUACAUCAUCGACCUUGGCUCGGGCAAUGGGACGUUUUUGAACAACAAGCGCAUUGAGCCGCAGAGAUACUACGAACUGAAGGAAAAGGAUGUCCUUAAAUUUGGGUUCAGCAGCAGAGAGUAUGUUCUGCUUCAUGAGUCCUCUGACACCUCUGAAGUAGACAGGAAAGAAGAUGAAGAUGACGAGGAGGAGGCAGAAGUGUCUGACAGCUAGCAAACUAGGAAACAACCCAGACUCUUAGCGACCUUUUCUUUGUGCGAAGGCUUUGGGAUUGACUCACGGAGCACCGUGGUGCUCUCCGUAACGCCUCUUAUUGCCUUAAGUCUUUCCUCUGUUGCUGCCAGCUUAUGUUGCAGUGUAAGAACACUGACUUCUGUUCGACUGACCUUUCUCUCUGGCACAUCAGCCACAUGCCUCUGGGCAUUUGUUUUGAGAAUAGUCUCACCAACACACCGUAUUUUAGUAGAAGCGUUGUGGCUUUAGUUGGUGCUUUCAGAACUGCUGCCUAGGAAACUAUAAGCCCUUGGUUAAAGGGAAACUGUGGUUUGUUCUCUUUGUACAGUUCCUUUAUUUAUAUAGCUGUUAAGCUUUGUGGACCGGGUUUGUUUGUGUUUUUGUUUUUGGGGCAGACCCCUGAACAGAGAAUCUUCCUAAGCUUUGGUUAUCGCCAAAACAGCCUCCAGUAUAUACCAAAGCUUUGACUGGUUGAGCUCUUGAGUCACAGAAGUUGACUUUGCACUUCGUUUUUGGGGGGUGGGAAUCUACCACAUGACCUCAUUGUCGACUGUUGGACUUAAACAGAUUCUUUAUGGAGCCUGCUUAAGCAAACAACUGUCCGGGAGCAUCAUGGCUACUGCCAGAGGGCGCUGAUGUAAUGUCAUGAGAGGCUGAAGUGGGUCGUGGAUCUGUUUCCUGUGGAAGAAUUCUGAUUUCUCCAUGGAGCAUGUACAUAACAAUUUUGUUCAUCUUAUCUGUUCUUCAACUUUGCAUUUUUAUUCAAAUGUGAUCUCCUUUCUGCUUUGUUUAAGAAACACACUGUCCUUUAUGUGGCAGGGUCCUUGCUUUAUUCUAACAACGUGUGUAUGUGUCUAAAGCAGACUGUGUAGUUUACAUGUUUCAUCCUUUUAAAGAACAUUAAGAGAGGUUGUAUUUACCUUCUCAAGGCUAGAAAGCAUGGAAAUUGCCCAGUUUCCUAAUUUUCCACCAGAGGAAUGUGUGUAAGUAGAAAAGUCGUAACUACUUACAUAUAUCGUGUGUGUGGGUGUGUAUAUAUAUGUAUAUAAAGUGGUGUGUGAAAGAGCUGCAUACUGAUUUUCAUAUGAGAAUGUUUUGUGAUGUCAAUGUAAUACUACAUUAUAGGCAAAGGCCUCCCUGCAUUUGAAGAGCAGGUUUUCAUUUAUAUGUAUUUUUGGGAUAAAAAAUAAUAAAAUUUGUAAAUAUAGCCUCA